AUGACUCUGUUGAAACAACGACUUUCAAAAGGAAAUUUUAAAUCUUUUGAAAUAUUACAUGAAUUUGUUGAAACCCAUUCAAACUACAAUGAAGAAGAUGUGCAUCUUGAAACACUAUCAGUUUCAAUUCAAGAACAUCUUUUGGAGCUAAUAAAUAGUUUUAAAGACUACUUUCCGGAUAUUCCUUCAAUUAAUAUGUGGAUUAAAGAUCCUUUUCCUGUGGAUAUUGAAAAGGAAGAAAUGCUUAAUCUUAGUGAACAAGAAGUUGAUAAUUUAAUUGAAAUUUCAUGCGACACCGAUCUUAGAAAAGUGUUUGAAACUGUACCACUAAUUAAUUUUUGGUUGCGCUUGUCAAAAGGAAUAUCCAAUCGUAAGCGAAAAAGCGAUACAAUUUUUAAUGCCUUUUUACCACUUAUACGUGUGAACAUUGCAAUUCUCAGCCUUGGUGUACUUAAAAAAAAGUAUCGAAACAGAUGGAUGUCAAACCUAAUUUGA